AUGUCACGCUGUUGCCUGGCAACGGCGCCGCGUCCCCGGGUAGGCCGCACCGGGACGGGACCGGGCCGGGCCCUGCCGGGGUCCCGGCGCCUCCGCGGGGUCCCGUGUCACCCCGGCUGCUGCAUCACUCCGUCCCUGUGGCUCAGCUCCGUUGUGGCACUCCCUCAGCCUCUCGCUGCCUCUCGCUGCCUCUUGAGGCCCUCUCAAGCUCCUCCCCGCGCAGCAUCCCUGCUCGCAUUUGGGGUUUGCCGAGGUUCCCGUUCCCUUUGGGAUCUUCUGGGACUCCCUGAGCGUCUUGUUCCCUUUUGGGACAUUCCCAAGGACCACACAGUUUUCUGAGGCUCUAGAGGGUCCCCGCUCCCUUUUGGGUUCCUCUAUCCGAGACCCCAUUCCCUUUUGGGGCUCCCCGAGGUUCUCAGUCUAUUUCAGCAUCCUCCCUCUCCAGGGUCUGUGUUUACAUUUGGGUCUCCUUGAGGCUCCCAUUCUUUUUUGGGGCCCUUCAUCCCUGAAACCCUCGCUCCUUUUUGGAGCUCCCUGAGAUCCCCGCUCUCCAUCCCUGAAAACCCCACUCCCUUUUGGGAUCCUCUCAGAGGCUCCCACUCUCCUUCGGAGCUCUCUCUUCCUCCCUGAGGCCCCUGCUUCCUUUUAGGCCUCCCCAAAGCCUUCCAUCCCCUCUGGAGCUCUCCAUCCCUGAGGCCCCCGCUCCUUUUUGGGGCUACCUUGGAGGCCCCUCCCUCCCCAGCCCCCCUGGUCCUUCCCAUUCCCUCCCACCAUGGAGAUCAAGUACGAAUACUCACGGAAGCGCAGGGAGUUCGGGCGGCCCUGCAGCUUCUCGGACCUCCUGGCCGAGGUGACCGUGGACAUCCCGCCCGACCCCAGCCUGGCCGACGACUUCAUCCCCCAGGACCCCGUGGACUUCAGUGUGCAGGAGGGUCCCCUCAUGGCCGUGCACGAGGUGAACACGGAGCGGACGCAGGUGUGCAGCCGGGGUGUGAACCACGUGGAGGGCGGCUGGCCCAAGCACAUCGACCCCAAGAACUCGGAGCUGACCACCCGCUACCGGGAGGAGGUGGAGAGGGAAGAGAUCUACACCAAGACUAUCCAGCGCCUCGGCUUUGUGAUGGAGCACUACAUCAGGCAGAACAACACCAUCGACAUCUACCAGGAGUAUUUUGAGGAGGAAGAAGAGGAAGAGGAGGAGGAGGAGCAUCCCUCAGCCAAAACCAUCAAUGUCAUCAGGGACCCCAACACGCCCAGGAGGAUGGCCACGCACCUCUCCUGGCACCCCGACGGCAACAGGGCCGUGGCCGUGGCUUAUUGCAGCCUGGACUUCCAGGACAGCAGGAAGGACAUGAGCUCUGAUUCCUACAUCUGGGAUCUGGAAAAACCCCACAUCCCAGAGCUCAGCCUCAAGCCCUCCUCCCCUGUGGUGACCCUGGAGUACAAUUCCAAGGACUGGCAUCACGUGCUGGGAGGCUGCUACAACGGGCAGAUAGUGUAUUGGGACACCAGGAAAGGGGGGCUGCCCAUGGAGAUGACCCCUGUGGAGUUCAGCCACAGGGACCCCGUGUAUGGAGCGUGCUGGCUGCCCUCCCGAACAGGGACCGAGUGCUUCUCAGGCUCCACUGAUGGGCAGGUCCUGUGGUGGGACAUCCGCAAGAUGUCGCAGCCCAGCGAGAAGCUGGUCUUGGACAUCACCCGGCAAGAUCAGCUCAAGGACGCUCUGGGUGCCAUCUCCCUGGACUUUGCACCUGCCAUGCCCACCAAGUUCCUGGUGGGCACAGAGCAGGGCAUCAUCAUCUCCUGCAACCGUGACGCCAAGACACCGCCCGAGAAAAUCGCCAACAUCUUCAGAAGCCACAUCGGGGCUGUCUACAAGGUGACCAGGAACCCCUUCUUCCCCAAAGUCUUCCUGUCAGUCGGUGACUGGACUGCUCGGAUCUGGACAGAGGAGCUCAAUGAUUCAUCAUCAAUUAUGGAGACCAAGUACCACACCUCCUACCUGCUGGACGCCUGCUGGAGCCCCACGAAGCCGGCCGUGUUCUUCACCGCCAGGUCGGACGGGACCCUGGACAUCUGGGACUUCCUCUUCCACCAGAAGGAACCUUCCCUCAGCCUCAAGGUGUCCAACGAUCCCCUGCUCAGCCUGAGCUCGCAGGACAACGGGCACAUCGUUGCCUGUGGCACCCGGCAGGGCACUGUCUCCCUCCUGGAGAUCUCCCCAGGGCUCUGCACCCUCCGGAAGAACGAGAAGACCCUGACCUCCUCAAUGUUCGAGCGGGAGGCGAGGCGGGAGAAGGUCCUGCAGGAAAAAUAUCGGGAGCGGCUGCUGCGGGAGCAGGAGCGGCUGCGGGCCCAGCCGGAGGAGCAGGAGGAUCCCCAGCAGCUGUUCAAGCAGGCCCAAGCGGAUUUCCUCUCCAGCAUCAAGGCGGAGCGGCGCAGGAGGGGCCUGGAAGGCUCCGGAGAGGAUGAAGAGGGUGAGGCAGCUGCCCAGGAGGAAGCAUAGGAGGAUGCCAAGGUCAGUGUGCUCCAGCUGCACCUUCCUUUCCCCUCCGUGCCAGAGCUGCUGCAGGGACGAGGCCACUGUCCCCGAGCCAGGCAGAUCUCCUGGGCUCUCUGCCCUCCUGGGGUGGCAAGUGGGGAACCUGCACAGCCCUCUUACCUUUGCAUCUUUAUUUUCUUUUGUGUGAAUAAAGUGCUGCUUCCCACCUCA